GAGCGCCCGCCCCUAAGCCCGAGCAGGCAGCGCAGAUCCUGUUCGGCAACAUCACGGAAUGGGGCCCACAGGCCGCGAACUUCUGUCGCAACGUAGGGUGCAAAUACCACCUCGUAGCGCUAGCGGGGGCGCACGUCGACGCGAACGGCCUCGCGGAGCAGAUCGGCAAGCUCGCCAUGGACGGCUGGAAGCUCUCGGCCACACCGGCGGUGGCUACCAACAAAUCGGACAAGGGGGCCCAUGGCGGCGAGUGGAUCCUCACGCGCAGGGACGUGGCGGCGACUGCGUUCGAGGGCUGCAGGGACUACUAUGUCAAGCGCCGCAAGAGGCAGCCGUUCGCGGGGUUCACGCCGACGGCCCUCCACACCAAGAGCGGCGCGAACAGGGACAUCCUGGUCUCCAUCUCCACCUUCGUGGACAUGCUCACGGACCCGUGGAUCAUCCUGGCCGACUGGAACUACGAGCCGCACUGGUGGGGCAACAAGCCGUGGCUCACGCGCUGGAACGGCGCCAUCCUGACCGACCCGAACUGCAUGGCGACGUGCGACAAGGGCUCGGGCUCCGCGUACGACUACGCGAUCGUACGAGCGGACAUCGCCACGCACAUCGGGAUCGAGGCCAUCUACGACGCCCCCUGGAAGACCCACUGCGGCAUCCAGAUCGCGGUGGGCACCGCCGAGCCGCGGGAGUACAAAGCUAUAAAGGUUCCCAAAGCCCUCCCCGCACGAGCCAGACCCAAAAAGGUCGCGGACCCAAACAGCAAAAGGUCCAAGGCUCGCGCGGAGGCGUUGCGAACCAGGAGGGAAAGGCUACCAGAGCACUUGCGCGACGAGUUCGACGCCCUGUACGCCUGCCGCGAGACGGCCAAGGAGGACCCCACCCCCUUCGUCAUCCCCCAGGAGAACUGGGAUGGCGCCGCCGACGAGGUCAGCAACUUCCCGAAGCUCGAUGGCACAAAGGUCGGCACCAAGGAGGGCACGGGACACAUCUUCCACCACCAUGAGCCGAACCUCGCGGAGGACAUCAACCCGAAGUACGCGCAGUGGAUCGCGACCCUGGAGCUCGCCUUCCUGGAGACGCAUGCGGUCCCCGUCGAGGACAGGGCCAGGUACCAGGGCAGGGCAGAGGGGUACAGGACCACCAAGCAGACGAUGAAGGCGUCGCCUGGCAGAGCGUACCUCAAGGACCCCGAGGCCACCUGGCGGCAGCACCUCAGCACCCUUGUCGUGAGGUACACCGCGCUGGUCACGAACGGCAAGGACCCCAAAGCCCGCCAGCACAUCCACAAGACAGUCAUGAAGAAGUUGGACGACCUAGAGAACCCCGAGUUCUCCAAGGAGCACCUCGGUAGAAAAACCGACCCGCAGGAGAUCGAAGAGUGGAAGACCCAGCUCGCCACCCUCGAGUGCUGCGACGAGGACGACCUGCACCACAUCAGCGCCACCACCAUGGAGUGGACCCACAAGGCCAUGGCGAGAGCUGCAGGUAGAGCGCGUAAACGGCACCUCGACUGGGCGAAGCAGGCGUGGAAGGAGUCACCAGGCAAGAUGCACCGCAUGGUCACCGACCCCAAGGCGCCGCGCCUGGAGGACAAUCAGCCCCAGAGGACGGUGGGCGACCCAUCCACGGUCAUAAACCACUCCGCCGACACCUGGCGCUCCAUUUGGGCGUCCGACAGCUGCAACGCCAAGCAGAUCAUCAGCGCCUACGAGAAGGCCAUGCGACUUGCGAAAGAGGGCCCUCUCUCGCCCAUCGAGCCGCAGCACAUGCAAGCCAUCGUGGGCACCGCCAACCCGAAGAAG